AUGGCCACCAGCCCACCACCACUGACUGGCCUCAGAGUGCUCGAGCUCGGAGGCCUAGCUCCAGGUCCCUUCUGCGGCUUCCUCCUCGCGAACUGGGGCGCCAGCGUGCUGCGUAUCGACCGCCCGGGUCCCUCGGGGGCCAGCAACGACCUCCUCACGAGCCACAAGGCGUCCAUCGCGCUGGACCUCAAGAACGAAGCCUCGGUGGCGGUGUUGCUCUCCCUGAUCCCCAGAACCGAUGUGCUCAUCGACCCGUUCCGGCCGGGCGUGCUGGAGAAGCUGGGCCUCGACCCUGAGGCGGUGCUGAUGAAGAAGAACCCGCGGCUCAUUGUCGUGCGGUUGACUGGCUUCCGCCGCGACGGCAAAUACUCGACCAUGGCGGGCCACGAUAUCAACUACCUGGCCGUGUCGGGCGUGUUGGGCAUGCUGGGCGCGCGAGGCCAGCCGCCGCUUGCCCCGGGAAACAUCCUCGCGGACUUUGCGGGCGGGGGCCACGCGGCCUUCACGGGCGUUCUGCUGGCGCUGAUCCACAGGUCGACGAGCGGGAAGGGCCAGGUCGUCGAGGCCAACAUGGUGGAUGGGGUCAGCUACCUGGGCACUUUCCCCCGACUGUUGACCAAGUUGCCCAUGUGGAGUGGCGAGCGCGGCACGAACACCCUGGACGGCGGCGCACCGUACUACGGCUGCUACGAGUGCAAGGAUCCCGGCAAGUACAUGUCCGUGGGCGCGUUGGAGCCGCAGUUCUGGCAAGAACUGCUGCGAGGGUUGGGGUUGACCGAGCAGGACGUCGUGCCGGGCCGGCUCGAUCGGCUGGACAAACGCUCGUGGCCGUACAUGCGCGAACUGUUCACGCAGCGGUUCAAGACCAAGACGCGCAAGGAGUGGGAGGCCAUCUUUGACGGCACGGAUGCCUGCUGUGUGCCUGUGCUCGAACACGCCGAGAUGGAGGUCGCCGGAUACGAGCAUCGACCCAUCGUCGGGCUGACGGGAUCGCCGGCCAGAAAGGUCGACAUGCCGUGGGAGGGCCGGGCUUUGGCCCCCGGUGAAGGUGGUGAAGAGACGCUGCGGGAUUGGAUGGGCUGGAAAAAAGGUAAAGACUACGACGUCUCGGCGAAGGGGGCCUUUGAGAAGAGAGAAAAAGGUAAACUAUAA